UUUAUGAAUGUUAACUUUUUAACCACUUUUUGGCAAAUUUUAAGAUUUACUAAUCAAACCAUUAAUACAGACAAUCACUUCGUUUGAUCACAAAAUAUGACACAAGAGAUGACACCAAUGGAGACAUCACUCGUCACCGCAGAUGAGAACGAAGUUGUAAUCAAAAAACAGGGACGGAUUUAUGCGAAGAACUCUUUCGAUCGUUUUGGUGAUGACUUGUGUGGACUCAUACUGUCGUACCUCUCGCUCGAUGCGCGCUUUGUCUACGAAUGUGUGUCCAAACAGUUCCAGAGGACUGUCUUCGAGAGUGUUGUGGACAUUACAAUUCACGACAUGACCCGUGCGAAUGGGAAAAGAUCGCGGACUCGCAUCAAUUACAUUAAAAUGUUGGCCACAAUCGGCCGCAAGUGUCCACACAUUCACACCAUUGACUGCAGAGAAAUAAGCAACAGAUAUACGAAGCAAUUGGUGGAAGUGUUGCCCAUCUUUCGAGACAAUUGCCCGCAUUUGCGGCACAUUUACUGCAAUUUAAAUGAAUAUAUGGAUGAAUUGAUGCCAGAAUUCGGACCACUGGUCACAAGAAUUGGUAAUAUUUGUCCGAAUAGUAAUCAACAGCUCUUUCAUUGCCACCGAUUAUCUCGACUUUAUGUUUGCGGCAUUUCUACUGUCUUUGACUCUACGACAAGAGAACUGUUGGUUAAAAAUCUACAGAGAUUUGAAUAUUCUUACGAUCGUAGAGAUAAUAACCAACUGUUGUCCGCAUUUGUGGCCGAGAAUCAGUCCUUAAGAAGUGUUAAACUCAUUGAUAAUAAAUAUGAUUCUUACGAGUGUUGGACCGAAAUGGCCGCACAGUUGUCACGAUUAUCACAAUUACGGGAAUUGGCACUCAUUUUAAGGCUUCACUACUCAUUGGACGUGUUUUUGCGGCCAAUCGGCCAGAAGUGCCCGCAAUUGAAACGAUUGUUACUUGAGUUGGGGUCGAAGAACACACUUCGACUUUGUCACCACUCAUUUGAUUCGUUGGGAUGUUAUCGCAGAUUAAAACGUUUGGAUUUAACUAUUCAUGUGAUUAUGAGCGAUGUAUAUAUGGAUCCGUUGAAACUCUGCCACCGAUUAACACAUUUAUCACUCAAUUCGCGUCAAAUUAAUAACAAUUUGUUUGCCAAUUGUGACAAACAUUGGCCACGACUUCAAUGCUUAUCCAUUCAAAGAACUUCUAUUACAAGCAGUUGUUUGGAUCACAUCUCAAGACUACCAGCGCUGCAGACACUGGAGUUUGAUUGCGACCGACUAUUCAGUGGAAUUUUGGUAAAUCGCAAACAUAUUGGCAAUCAUUUCAUGACCAAUGUUUGCGAAGACCUGUUGGCCAGAAGUGCUAAACUGAAGUCCAUUGAAAUCCGUAGAAAUGCAUAG